AUGGUGGCAGAGAUGGUGCCAGAAAAGGAACUACAACCCCGCGCGUUUUCGAUUAUGCCUCUCAUCUGGUCCGUUGGCUCCAUCUUCGGCCCAGCUUUUGGCGGAUUCUUUGCCAGGCCUGCCGACCGCUUCCCCGCCGUCUUUGGUGAUAGCUGGUUCUUCAAGGCGUACCCCUUUGCCUUGCCAAACUUCAUCGCUGCGGUCUUCUUCUUCAUCUCAGUCACGACCGCCACUCUCUUCCUCAAGGAAACGCUCGAGAGCAAGCGACAUAAGCCCGACUGGGGACUCCUGAUGGGCGAGCGCAUCACCCGCUCAUUCCGCCGCUCUCGCCAUCACCACCAUCACCAUGCUAGAGCUCGACGCACCUCGUUUGUUGACGGCGAGGCUACCGCACCCCUGGUGCCUCACAAGACUCCACCGACACACCCGGUCGAGGACAACAAGGCCUUGGAGGCACCCAGUAUGAAGGAGGUUUUCACUGCUCAGACGAGUAUCAACUUGCUUUGUUACACCUUCCUCGCCCUCCACUCCGUGGCCUUUGAUCAGGUUCUGCCAGUGUUCCUCAACUACCCCAAGCAGGAGCACACUCCGGAGAACACGAACCUGCCCUUCCAAUUCUCUGGCGGCUUUGGCCUCGACUCUGGCCGCAUCGGUACCAUUUUCACCAUCUAUGGCAUCACUUGCGGCGUAAUCCAGUUCUUCGUCUUUCCACCUCUGUGCAACUACUUCGGUGUCCUGCGCUGUUUCCGCGCAUGUGCUGUGACUUUUCCCAUCGUCUACAUUCUGGCCCCUUAUGUGGUCCUCUUCGAGAGCACCGCUGGGCGCUACACCGCUCUCUUGAUCGUCAUGUUCGUCAAAGCCUGUGCCGUCAUCAUUGGCUUCCCAUGCAUGACUAUCCUCUUGACCAACUCGGCCUCUUCGCUCCGUAUCCUGGGUACCCUCAACGGCUUCGCCACCAUGUUCAGCGGAUUUGGCCGUGCUUUCGGUCCCGCUGUUGCCGGCGCUGCCUUCAGCUGGGGUGUCGCCAGAGGUUAUGUCAUUACCGCCUACUGGUUCCUCGCGCUCACUGCCAUCAUUGGAGCUAUCCCCAUCUACAUGCUGGUCGAUUACGAUGCUCUGACUCAAACCCCCGACACGAGUGAUGACGAGGAUGAGAGUGUUAGCGAUGAGGGCUAUGCCAGCGAAGGCAGUGUCGUUGCCUCUGGCAGCGGACAGGCUGCCUCGAAUGAGACGGCGCCAUUGUUGAGUGCGAAGAAUGGGGCACCAGGAUACGAUUCCGUCAGUCCCACACGGUCUUGA